AUUCGUCGUCGGGUGAAAGGAAGAGGUUGAACCAUCUUACAUGAGACGACCCGAGUAAUUAGCUCCGUGCUAAUUAGUGUUUCUUCACCGGUUUUUGGGGUUUGGUGGUUUCUAACGAAAGUAAUAAAAAGUUUAAUAAAGUGUUAACGGGUGAGGGAGUAACCACAAAGAAAGCAGAGAAAGAAGAGAAGGGAGAUGGUAACGGUGGUGUGUAGCAGCAGCAGCAGCAGCUGUAUGUCAGCAACAUCGACGUUUAAGAAUAAGGCUGGUUCUGGUUCUGGUUCUGGUGGAUUUCGAUCUCAACCGCUGGUGAUGGAAACUGCGCAGGUUCCACCUCGACGCUUGAUCUUGCUUCGUCACGCUAAGAGUUCUUGGGAGGAUCGCUCCCUUAAAGACCAUGAUCGUCCUCUGAGUAAAGAUGGAGAAACUGAUGUUAUACAGGUCACUUACAAGCUCCAAAAGCUUGGUUGGAUUCCUCAACUUAUCUUAUCAAGUGAUGCAACACGAACAAGGCAGACUCUUAAAAUCAUGCAGGACCAGGUGCGGGCCUUCUUGGAAGCAGAGAUACACUUCAUUUCAAGCUUUUAUUCUGUGGCAGCAAUGGAUGGGCAGACAGCUGACCACCUCCGACGGGCUAUCUGUAAAUAUGCUAGGGACGAGAUACUUACAGUUAUGUGUAUGGGACAUAAUAGAGGCUGGGAAGAGGCAGCCUCUACCUUUUCUGGUGCUUCCAUAGAACUAAAGACGUGCAAUGCUGCCUUGCUUGAAGCCGCAGGCAAAUCAUGGGAAGAGGCGUUUCUUUUGGCUGGGGAUGGUGGCUGGAAGCUCCAGCAAUUAGUCAAGCCAAAUGUUAGAUAGAGGCUAGGAUUUAUCUGCUCAUGCUUGCAUUUGUCAAAAACGUUUUAUAGUUUUGAGAACGACAAAGCUUGUAACUCUCAAAGGUGGGAGAGUCUUCUCCGAAUGUGAAACUAUAUGUAAAGGAGCAGAAAAGCUGAUUAAGUAAACCAUAACCAAGAAAAUCAAAUCAAAAUAACUGAAUAAUGGAGAUCGAUGGUUCAGUUCUAA